UUCCUGUCACUGUCGAUGUGUCAGAAAUACAGAAUGCUAAGUACAGAAAAAUACCAGGCCGAUUGUUUUGUGUAAUGUUUGAAAUUUGUAAAAAUAAUUAUAUAAUUUUGCAUUUAUAAUAAGCUGCCAAAAUGUUCAAACUACUAAGUCGACAUGGAAGACGUGGAGCGUUUUAUAAUUUGUUUUGUGAAAAAGUUGAGGUUAGGCCGGCUAAAGUUUACUACGUCUAUUCUUCAGCUGCAUCAGUACGGUUUUCCUCAAGUAAUGGUGUAGAUUCAGGUAAAAUAACGUCUUUGGCUGAAAGUAUUCCAGAACCUCCUCCUGUGCCAGAUCCUGCUACUCUAGCGGAAUUGACUGGAGCAGUGCAAUCCUUAAGUGCCAAUGGAGAACCUACAUUUGCGAGUCUGGGUCUUGGAGGUUGGACACCCGUUGGGAUCGUGCAGAAUUGUUUAGAAUACUUGCAUGUCUCUUUAGAUGUUCCUUGGUGGGGAGCUAUACUCAUCGGAACAGUAGUUGUGAGAGUGCUUAUGUUUCCACUAGUAAUAUUGUCGCAAAGAAAUACGGCAAUAAUGAAUAAUAACUUACCAGAAAUUCAAAUGUUACAAUUGAAGAUGACACAAGCUCGGCAAGCCGGCAACCAGUUGGAGACAGCCAGGUACGCACAGGAGAUGAUGUCUUAUAUGAAAGAAAAGAAUUUGAAUCCAAUGAAGAAUAUGUUGGUACCAUUAGCGCAGGCUCCAUUAUUUAUUUCCUUCUUCAUGGGCCUGAGAGGCAUGGCCAAUUGUCCAGUGGAGAGUAUGUCCCAUGGAGGCUUAUGGUGGUUUUCUGACUUAACAGUUCCUGAUCAAUAUUUUCUGUUGCCGAUCAUCACAAGUGCUACCCUGUGGGCUACAAUAGAGUUGGGUGUAGAUGGUGCAAAACUCAAUGCCCAAAAUAUGCAGCUUAUGAGGUACUUUUUACGAGCAGUGCCUGUGAUAAUGAUACCAUUCACAAUUAAUUUCCCUGGUGCCAUCUUAGUGUAUUGGUGUUCAAGUAAUUUUAUUUCUCUCGCACAAGUUGGUUUACUGAAAAUCCCUGCUGUGAGGGAUUAUUUUAAAAUCCCCAAAUUAAUUGCUCACAAUACAGAUAGCUUGCCUAUAAAGAAGAAGGGUUUUGUUGAGGGAGCCAAAGAUUCAUGGACAAAUAUCAAGAUUUCCAGAGAGCUGGCAGACAGGCAGAGAGCUGACGAAAUUAUAUUCACGAGGGCAGGAAAGGGGCCUUUACAAAAAACAUACAAACAAGACCCAACAAAAUUGACAAAUAUUCAAGCCAAACCGAAGUAGGUUUGUUUAGUUUUAGUAAUAAAAUAUUAAUAGUAGAUCUAUUAUACAUAUAAUUAUGAUUAAUAAAAUAUUGUUUCCAAAA